CGUAGUAAAAUCUACGCUGAUUAACUGAUCAGAGUUCGUAAAUGGAGAAAAAAAGCCUCAAUCUUCAUAUUUUUUGAAACGUAGUGUAUUUGGUCAGAGAUUGAGGAUUAUUAUUACAAUUAACGCGGAAAUGUUUCCCAAAAAGAGCAAUAAGUUCAAAAAACUUAUGGAAACGCCGCCAAAGGUUGGCGUCGAAUUGGAAAGCUUGGAGAUCAUGAAAAACGUGUGCCGGGUUUGUAUGGACGAGACCGCCACCCUGAUGGACAUCUUUGCCGAUAUUCGGGAUCCGUCGCUUGAUGAGCCGGAGACGAGCAUGUCCCACAUUUUGGCCCAGUGCACCAAUCGCACAGUGGAGCGAGGCGACCUUCUGCCGCAUUUUAUUUGCCUGUCUUGUGUCAACGCUGCCCAAGAGUCCUUCCGUUUUAAGUGGAGAAGCGAACGCAGCUACCAGUAUUUUUGUAACCUGCUGAACAAGCCGUAUCUGGCAAGCGAUAGGGAGACGAAUCGCCUUCAAUACCCGGACCAAAAGCCAGAGUCGGAGAAGAAAGAAGAAGAAAAUUUGAAUAGUGGGCUUAAAACGCAGCGGCAUCAAGAUCAACAGCAAACAGAUGAUUCAGCUGAAUCGUGUGCCAACCAAAAUUUUCCCAAGAAAAUAACAACACAAGAAUCUCCUAAGAAAACUCCAAAGAGCUCUCAUUUCAUGUGCGUUCAUUGCUCUAAAAAGUUUAACUCUAAGUCUGAGUUAGAGUCCCAUAUCAGUGACGAGUGUCUCAGGUGCUCCGACUGCCAACGCACCUAUUCAAGCAAACAUUCCCUAAAGCGACAUUUGCUGACGCACACAGGCAAGCCAAUGCACAAGUGUCCUCACUGUCCAAAGGCCUUCAUGCGGAGUGAUUAUCUGAAGGGACACCUUCGCACACACGACAACGAUGGACCACUAACCUGCGACCAGUGCUCCGCCGUAUUCAGCGAAGGCAACAUGCUAGCACUCCAUCGGAAAGAGCACCUAACUAAAACAGUCCUUGAAUCGGACUCUUCAGAAAACCACGACUCGGAGUCCAGCGAUCAGGAGCAGGAUGUAGAGGCGAACUAUGCACAGCUUAGCUUUGAAGCCAGCUCUAAACUAACGGACAGCAGCCGAAGCUCUGAUAAUCUGAAUAUUGAUAAUAAUUUUGAUUCCAGGCAGCUGCGUAACGAGAACCCUUUAGAACAUGAUGAAGAAAGCAGUGACGCUACUGAAGAUUCUGGUCUUCACAAGAAUGAUAACCAAAAAUUGCUUCGACGUUUAAGAAAUUCAGAUCACGAAACAUGCCCGUCUGGACAAGCCAAGAAACCGAAAUGCCACAUUUGCCUUAAGAGCUUUUGCAGAAUAUACAGUCUUAACCGGCAUAUGCUUACUCAUAAAGCUGAUCGAAGACCCUUAAAAUGUUCUUACUGCUGUGAAGAAUUUCCAACUGAUGAACUUCUUAAAAGCCACGAGCGUACUCACUUAGGUGAUUCGUUCCGAUGCGAAUUCUGCUCUUUGGUAUUUAAAGAGGUUCAUUUCUUGCGGGAGCACCAACAUAGAAUUCAUAGUAACACAUCAAAAUCGCUCCAAGGGAAGGAGGUUGUCAUCCGUUUGACUCGUGGCAAACUGCCAAUAAAAGAAGAGGCAUAAUUAAAGUAACAAAUCCAUUACUACAUUUCAUUUAAAAUCUUGAAAUUUGUUUCCUUACUAGUGACAUAAACUUUUGUUACAUUAAAUUGCUAUUUUCAAUUGUGUUAUUCUGAAAAAUAUUUGAUUACGACUGAAGAAUGAUUUUGAUUUUUUUUUUCAUUCAUGCCAACAAAUUGAAAUACUAUUAAGUUAACCACUUCAUUGGUAAAUUCAUUGUUCGUUAAAAAAAUUUGUUUUCAU